AUGCCCCGUCCUUCAACUCAACGCCAACCUCUUGGUCUAAUAUCACCCAACACCCUCUCACCGACUCAUCAACGAGACGCGUCAAAAUCCACUCCUACUCGCCAAAGAUACACCUCUCUUGGGAAAAUCCACAAUCGUGGGACACCUUCUUCUCCUAGAUCACCUAUAAAAGAUAAAACUCCUUCUUCUUCCUCUACAAAAGAGAAUGAUAUCAAUCAUUCGAAAACUGAAUCCUUUCUUUACGGUCACGAUCCCAGCGGAGAGAUCAGUCGGAAUGAUGAUGAUAAACUCGGGGAGAUGGGAAUGGGCAUGGGGGAUUGGUUUCCUUCACUUAUAAGAAGGAGUGCAAAGAGUAGUAAAUCUCUCUUGAAUUUGGAGAAAGACACUAGGGAAGUGUUCGAAUCAGGGAGGUCGAAAGUUUGGGUGAGAAGAAGGAAACGACAGCUUGUGUGUAGGAUGGAGGACACUUUGAUUUCAUUAUCGACUGAACUACCUACAACUCGUCAUCCUUCUUACCUCGCUACUCUGGCCACUUCCCUCGCACCAUACAACCCCGACAUCUCACCCUCUCUCAUCCUUCUCCCUUCCCACCAUUCUCCCACUGGACACGCCCGAGAUUUUUCCCCAGCAUUAGGAGUAGCUUUCAACUCCAUCGCCAAAUCUUAUGAUUCCUCCAUGGCUCGGGCACAUGGGAGACGACGAUUAUUAGCUGUUGCGGGGGAAGAAGGUGGUGUAAGGGUCGUAGAUGUUGAUCAGGGCUUAGGACCACAUAGAGAAUCUAGAGGAUUAUGGUGGAGAGCUCAUGCGAAUGCUAUUUUCGAUAUCAGUUGGUCUCCUGAUGACACUUCUAUAAUGACAACAUCCGGCGAUCAAACAACCAGAUUACAUUCUGUCGAAGGACCCGAACCGAGAUUAUUGGCAACUCUACGAGGUCAUACUUCUUCCAUCAAAACAGCCGUUUUCUUCGACCCAUCACGAUCACAUGUAAAAGAUACCAACAUCAUUGCUUCAGGUGGAAGAGACGGUAAUAUCUUGAUUUACGAUUUGAGAUGUCGAGGUCGGAUCGGUGAUGAACAACAUCGACGAAGAACCAAAGCGAGGUAUUCUUUGGGGGUGCCUGGAUUUUCGGUACAGGAUGGAAUGAAUUUGGAUCCUAUCAUGAUUGUUCAAGCUGCUCAUGGUGAGGCGGGGAAACGGGGUAUCUCAGGACGUACGGCAACACGGAGUGUGACAAGCUUGGUAGCUCUACAAGCCAUGCCUGGUGUAUUAGCUUCUGGAGGUUCUUUCGAUGGGAUUGUCAAACUCUGGGAUUUACGUUUCACUCCGGAUAUCAAGAACGAUUCCAAUUCCUCUUCUUCUUGUACACCCUUGGGAAUAUUACCAGACCCAACUUUGAUUCCCGGUCGAAGAUCCCGAUCCAUAAAUAGUUUAGUGGAAUCACCUACCACUGGCGAUUUAUACGCUUUAUGCGGAGAUUCUCAAAUCCACACAUUACGUCCAUCAGCUUAUUGUCAAGAAGGAGAUUCAAUCGCCAUCUUACCUCAGAAAUACUCGGAUCCAUCAUUACUCGUCUCGUCAUUUUACGUCAAGAUGGCAGUAAGUUCUGAUGGAAAGUAUUUAGCGAGUGGGAGUUGUCAAGGUGGUUUAAUGACUUGGCAAGUGAAUCCUAAAGGAUGUGAAAGGGCUACAAGGUUUGGAGAUGGGAAGAAGAAAGAAGUUUGUGCGGUGGAUUGGGGUCAUGAAUUAUUGGCAGGAACUACUGAAGAUUCCGAGACGAGGAUAUGGAGACCUAGAUGGGCAGUUGAAGGAGGAGAUUUGAUCGGACCGAUAGAGUAA